CACCCGCUCUCUCCUCCAUCAUCACUGCUGCAGCCGACUCUGCUCCUCUGUGACGAUGACUUCCCUGCUGACUGUGCUGGGCACUGUGCUCUGCUUCCUGGCGGUUUCCUCUGAGAUCAUGCCACAGGCAGACUUCAAUCUGCAGGGGAUGGCAGGAAAGUGGUACCUGAUUGGAUUUGCCACCAAUGCCCAGUGGUUUACCGUCCGCAGAGCCAGCAUGAAGAUGGGAACAGCCGUGUUCACCCCUACUGCCGAUGGGGACCUGGACAUGUCCUACGCCAGUCUCACCCCCGAUGGCUCUUGUUGGAGAAUGAGCGGCCUGGCGAAAAGGACUGACGUGCCUGGAAGGUUCAGAUACACCAGUGAGAGCUGGGAGAAUGACAACGACAUGCGUAUGGUUGAUGUCAAGUACGACGAGUACGCUCUGACUCAUACCAUCAAGACCAAGGGAAGCGAUAUCACCAUUGUCAACAAGCUAUAUGGUCGUGGAGUUGACCUCAGCCCAGAUCUGCUUGAGAAGUUCAGGCAGUUCUCCUUGGAGACCGGCAUCCUGCCUGGAAACGUUGCUUUCCUGCCAAGAAACGGGGAGUGUCCACCGGCUUAGCUCUCUGCCUCGGUCAUCGUAUGUCAGCGAUGCUGAAGACGUUUACCAUUGUUGUGAAUACUAUAAUCAAUCAAAGUCAAUGCCAAAGGUUUUGACCAAAUAUUUUUUCCAGUUGAUUAAAUUUGCUCUUUAAAAUGUAUUAAGAAGUGAGUAAA